AUGCCUCGCCGCGCGGCAUCGCCGGCGCUGUCGGAGAAUGAAUUCGAUAUCACAAAUGCGUUGUUUCAAAAUGACAGCGACUCCGACAACGAGAAUUCUGUGAACGCUUCUAAGCGACAACUGAAGACGGCCCCGCCUCAGGAACUUGAUUUUCUUGGGAACAAUGGAGACGACGAUGAUGAUAGCGAUGAGGCCUUUAUCGCAGAGAGGCAGGCUUCUGCGAACCGGAAGGCAUCGAAUCUGAAGGGUCGCACUGUCAAGAAGGGUGGUGGUUUCCAGGCCAUGGGUCUCAACGCAAAUCUGCUGAAAGCGAUCACUCGGAAAGGUUUCUCUGUACCAACACCCAUUCAGCGUAAGACUAUCCCGGUGAUUAUGGAUGACCAGGAUGUGGUUGGCAUGGCCCGGACUGGAUCCGGAAAAACUGCUGCUUUCGUUAUUCCCAUGAUCGAGAAGCUGAAGGCCCACAGCACUAAGAUUGGGUCGCGAGGCUUGAUUAUGUCGCCGUCUCGUGAAUUGGCUUUACAAACAUUAAAGGUUGUUAAGGAGUUAAGUCGAGGAACGGAUCUGAAGUGUGUUCUUUUAGUCGGUGGUGACAGUUUGGAAGAACAGUUUGGAAUGAUGGCCGGAAACCCGGACAUUGUGAUUGCAACUCCCGGACGUUUUUUGCAUUUGAAAGUUGAGAUGGGCUUGGACCUAUCCAGUAUCCGCUAUGUAGUGUUUGAUGAAGCCGAUAGACUGUUUGAGAUGGGCUUUGCUGCUCAGCUGACGGAAAUUUUGCACGGCCUCCCUCCUACCCGCCAAACUCUCCUUUUUUCCGCAACUCUGCCAAAAUCGCUAGUGGAAUUUGCCCGUGCUGGUUUACAGGAACCAACUCUUAUUCGUCUGGAUGUUGAGAGCAAGAUAUCUCCCGAUCUUGAGAACGUCUUCUUCUCUGUCAAGUCUGCAGAUAAGGAAGGAGCACUACUUUACAUCCUCCAUGAGGUCAUCAAGAUGCCGGUUGGACCAACGGGCGUAGCACAGAAAUCAGCGGAUGAGAAUUAUUCUAAGAACCCGAAGAAGCGGAAGCGAGAUAUUGAAAGGUCCGUUAACACCAAGGAGUCUCCAACCAAACAUUCGACGAUUGUCUUUGCGGCGACAAAGCACCACGUCGAUUAUCUGUAUUCCCUUCUACGCGAAUCUGGAUUUGCAGUGUCUUACGCCUACGGUUCUUUGGACCAAACUGCUCGCAAGAUCCAGGUGCAGAAUUUCAGGACUGGUGCGUCCAAUAUUCUUGUGGUCACAGAUGUUGCGGCUAGAGGUAUCGAUAUUCCUAUUCUCGCUAAUGUUAUAAAUUACGACUUCCCAUCUCAGCCAAAGAUCUUUGUUCACCGUGUUGGUCGAACGGCUCGAGCCGGCCAGAAAGGUUGGAGUUACAGUCUCGUUCGAGAUGCGGAUGCCCCGUAUCUCCUGGAUCUACAGCUCUUCCUCGGAAGAAGGCUUGUGGUUGGCCGGGAUCACGACGAUCAGGUCAACUUUGCCGAAGAUGUGGUCGUUGGGAGCAUGCCUCGCGAUGGUCUCUCCCAACGCUGCGAGUGGGUGACUAGGGUUUUGGAUGAUGACGCAGACAUCGCCUCUCAACGCAUCAUUUCUAUCAAAGGAGAGAAACUUUAUAUGCGGACCAGGAAUGCGGCCUCUCUUGAGAGUGCAAAACGCGCAAAACAAGUUGUGUCCUCCGAGAGUUGGUCGCAUCUUCAUCCUCUCUUCAACGAUCCGGAAAGCAGUAUGGAAGUGGAACGCGAGAAAAUGCUUGCCGUCAUUGGAGGUUUUAGGCCACAAGAGACCAUUUUUGAGGUGAACAGCAGGCGCAGUGGUAAGAAUGAAAGCGAAGAAGCGAUCGAUACCAUUAAGCGCGUUCGUACCACACUCGAUUCGAAAAAGAAGAAACGUUGUCAGGCCGAUGGACAGUCAGAAUUUUUGGACGAAGCAAAUGCUAGUCAAGCUGGAGAGGACGUUGAACAGGGCGCAGACUCCGAUGAGGACGCUCCUGGAGGGAUGGCUGACAAUAUGUCCCUGGCGUCCGAGUCCGAUCUCGAAGUCAUGUUCUCGUCGUAUUCACAGUCCAGUAGCAAAGGGAAGAAAGAUACCAAGGCGUCCUACCAGAACCCCGAAUAUUUCAUGUCUUAUACACCUACCAAUACCAACUUAGCCGAAGACCGCGCUUAUGGUGUGCACACCGGCACCAAUGCCAACUUCGCGCAGGCAUCGCGCAGUGCUACCAUGGAUCUGCUAGGUGACGAGGGUGCCCGCGGAUUCGCGGAACCUCGCACUCAGGUGCGCUGGGACAAGCGACACAAGAAGUAUGUGUCACGGCAAAAUGACGAGGACGGAUCUAAGGGCACACGUCUGGUUCGUGGAGAGAGUGGAGCCAAAAUCGCAGCCAGUUUCCGGAGCGGAAGAUUCGACGCCUGGAAGAAAGGCAAACGGCUCGACCGGCUGCCUCGGGUGGGUGAGAUGGAGACCCCCGGUCUUGGAGCAGACCUCAAUUCGGCUAUGAGAGGGAGACGGUUCAAACACAAGAAGGAUCAGGCUCCUAAGGCGGCGGAUCCUCUACGUGCUGAUUACGACAAGAUGAAGAAGAAGGCCGAAGCCGCGAAGGAGCGACAAUUCUCUAAGGCUGGAGGAGCGGCGGCAGGUGGCAAGAGUGAAUUGAAGAACACAGAUGAUAUUCGCUUAGCCCGGAAAUUGAAACAGAAGCGAAGAGAGAAGAAUGCUCGGCCAUCUCGAAAGAGGUAG